ACUUGACACACUUGGAAGGUAGAAGGCAUCAUGAAUUCUCGUAAAAUUCUUUUCUACAUAAUUCUUAUCAGUUUAAUAGCUGUAUCCAUUGCUUCUUCUGCUCGUAAACAUGGAAAGACAAAUAAGGAGAACAAGAGAAAGUUACGCUAUAUGUUGAAUCAUUAUCUGGAUAUGAUGGAUGAUGAAGAUAAAAAGGAGAGAGGAAGUGAUUCCAGUAGUGAAGAGGACUGUGGGUCAAGUAGUGAAGAGGAUUGUGGGUCAAGUAGUGAAGAGGACUGUAGGUCAUUUAGUAAAAAGGAAUGCGAGGACCUCCGAAUUCAAGUACCUGUUCCUCCUGCUAUCAGUGCAGAUCGUUUCGUAGGAGAUAUUCUCUGUUCCUUUUGUUUUCAAAUCCGAGAUAGAAGAGCUCGAAGGAAUUGUAUAGCAUCAAAUUGUGACUGAAAGAAGAGGCUAUGGUUUUCGGAGCCAUUUAAGCCCUUAUUUUACAUACUAGUAUAACUUAAUUUAUUACUUACUUAGAAAAUUAUAUAUAUAAAGUGUGUGUAUGUAUGAUAUUGACAAUUCAACUAUAUGCUUAACAGAGAUUCGAAAGAAAAAUCAAAAUUUGUUUUAUUCGUAGCUGAAUAGAAGCUUAACUCAGUUUUACUCACCCAAGGUUGUCUGUCUUUCGUAAACAGUGAAGUAAAACUACUCAUUUUUGUUCAAACGAAUGCCCUUGCACACUUUAAGUGAGUUUAUGUAUUUAUAAAAAAGCUAGGCUUGCGCAAAAUGUUUUAAACGUCUGAACAAUGAAAAAAAAAUUGAGGAAAAAUCUGUGCAACUACGUGAUAGUUUUUUUUUAAUCACGAAGAGUUCCUGAACUUAUUUGUUCAAAUGUAAUAACUUGAACAGUUCAUUGAUAAAAUGAGACCUCGUCCUAACUUUUGGUGGUGUCAUUUGAACAGAGGUAAUCUACUACACAUGAUUGAUCUGAAAGUUUAUCUGACUUAAUGUAACAUUCCAUUCUUUUUAUUGUAGCAAAUAUUUAGAGUUUCUAUAUAGAUAUCCGUAUGAAUAUGUGACAUUGUGAUUUACACGAAACAUAUAGAGAUGUAUUUCUAACUUUUUUCCAUUCUAUCAAUUAAGAGAAUAAAAUUGAAUAUGAAGAUAACGAAGAGUAUUUAAUCUCGAAAGUCCAAUGAAACGAAACAAAUCUGGAGCAGAGCAAAACACAGACCUCAAAAUUUAGAGGUGGGAUCAAGUGUCAUGGAGGAGUGAGCAUCCCCUGCAGACCGGUCACUCCUGUGCUAUUUGUCAUGAUCGGGAAACAAAACCGGAAAAAUCCGUAGACAGUUAAGUGUAUAAAUAAUGGCCUAACAAUUAGUAUGAAAAAAGUCAGUCAGCAUUUGACUCAACAAUAGAUUGUCUGUGCUGACAAGGUCAUUGUAUCGACCGAAAACUUGCUAAAAGAUGACUUCAAACGAGACUGUUGAUAUCCUUGUUUCGUCAACAUGUUUAUCAAUACAUGUACCUUUCCUCGUUUUAAAAAUUGUUCAUACGUAGAGCAUUCUCUUGCGUAUCGAAUCAACUGAGAGACAUAAACCCCAUAUGCAGGCGAUAAGGGUAUUUUGCUGCAUAAGUUAGGGAAGUUGACGAUUGAAAAGUUGAAGUCAUCACGUUUAUCAUAAAGCUUUGUUGUUAGGUUACCAUUAACGUCUUUUUCUAGUAAAAUAUCUAUAUAUGAAACAGAUGUGUCAGAAUCUGUGGUAUCUUUAAUUUCAAGCUCACUGGGCUAUAUCGAGUCGACAUAUGAAUGAAAGUAACUGUUGUUAAUUGAUAAUAGGUCAUCGGUAUAUCGAAAUGUCGAGUUGAAGGCCACAGCAAGAGUUUUCUUCUUCUCAUGUAGAAGUUUUUGAAUAAAUUCUGCUUCAUAUGAAUACAAAAAUAGGUCUGCUAAUAAGGGGGCGCGCUUAAUAGAUACUAGUAUUCAUAUGGACAGGUGGUAUUGUUAUUUAUUUAACGUAACGUAUAAGGAGAGUUAUGUCUCUGAUUUCCCCUCAAUGUAUCAAUCAAGGGAAGUUAAUCAAUCUUCGAGUUACUGUUUUACUUUGGGCCUCAGUAUGUUAUUAUACAAGAUAUAUUUUAAUGAAAAAAAUAAUCUUAAGAGAUGAUACACUGUUACUUCUUGUUAUGGUCAUCUGAACUCAUUUGGGUGAACGAACUUAGUGGUGCAGUAUAUUUUUGAAAAGAAGAGAUUGUUUCAUUGAAAAUAUUAACACAGUAUGUGUCGUCAUUUGAAAUUAUAUCAAAUUUACAAUCACUACUCUCAGACACUUAAGACCUGUUGAGUUAUAGUUGGUACAAUUUAUCAUACAUCAAUCCUAUUUGGGGUAAUGUAAUAUGUGUAUAUUUAAAUUCCCAUUAACUAUAUUACUUAGAUAUAAGAUUGUACAUAGAUUUGAAUUUGAAUACGUUUAUAUUCGUUUGAUAUAAAUAUUGCAUUGUUUAUUUCAUAUCAAACUCAAAAUAAUAUGUAAAACCUAAUAAAUUAUACA